AUGGGUGGCACUGUCGAUCCUAAGAACGGCCAUUUCAUCGGCAACUGGGGUGAACUCGGCUGCCCUACCCCCCAGCGCAUUGCCACCUACUCCCUGUCGUCCAACCGUCAGCGCCCCUUGGCCGGUGCCGGUCACGCUGCCAUCUUCAACACCUUCCGCCGCUUCCGUCACCAGGUCCUUUACGUUGCGCCUCCCUUCAUCAUUGCCUACGCCGCCAUGAACUGGGCUAUUGAGCGCAACGAGUACCUGAACUCCAAGCCCGGUCGUAUGCUUGAGCCUCAAGAGGCCGAGUAA